UAUACGUUCACAUUCUCAAACUAAAUUUACUACGAAAAUGUUGGACUAUACGAACGCUCCUGCACACUUGAUUUCCCCUUUAUGUGUGGAUACCAACAUAGACUAUACAUUGGAUAUGAAUAGGUUUCCAGGAUUAAACGAUCCAGAAUGUAUGCAGCAGUUGGCACUUUUGCCACCAUCAUAUUCAUCAUCUAGUGAAUCGGAAGUACCAGUACCUCGUGUUUGUGAACUUUGUGGGAAUCUCAUUCCAUACACAACAGUCUUGUCUCAGCCAUGUGGUUUCUGUGUAUAUUACGGAUUAAUAGACGAUAGUGCUGAUUCAGAAGAAGUUAACACAUCUACAGAUGAACUUUUCUCACUUAUAGCAUCUUGUGACAUUGAUACAGAAGUAGAAAGCUCAAAAAGCUCAGGAGAAGUACAGUCUAUGUUUGAAGACUUCAUCAGUUCUGACAGUGAUAUCAGUAAUACUUGUCAAGACACUUCCAUAUGUGUAACGAACGUUUUGUCAUCACCUUUACCAAAAUUGUCACCCUUGUCACCCAUACAAACAACAGAGUUAGACUCGUUAUUCGAGAAAGACACAUCCUGUGAGAAUUGUGAACAGGAAGUUCCCAGUGUUAACGAUUUAGACGUCACGUUUGGUGAUGUUCUUGUAGACACUUCAUGCAUCAUCGAGGAUUUAGUGCACAAUGGUGGACUUUACUCUCCCGCUGUUCAUGACACUUCACGCCGAAAGAGGAAACUAUCCGAGGAGUCCGAAUCGAAAUCGUUUAGAAAAAGACAGAGGUCGUUGGAUGAAAUGGAAGACAUCUUAUUGAACUGCUUCGGUGAUUUUGGACACUUAAACACCAUGUGCUCAACGGAUAGAAACGACGUGAUGACGCGCUUUUCAUAAUGUUCUACUUCAUUCAUAAUCAUCCAAACGUGCCAAGAGACUCAUUUUUGUUUUGUCUUCUGUUGUUUAUUUUGUUUUGUACUAUUUCAAAAUGUGCUCAAUGAAUCUCUAUAUGGUUAGUGUACCACGACCAUUUGUUCGUCCAUGGGAACCAAAUCCCAAAGUCUCAUUUGCUUUGAAGCAAUUUAUACUUGUUUGAUAUUGCUCUAUUUACCUUAUGUUGUUGUUUAUUGAAUCGUUAUAAAGAAAUUAUAAAUAUAAUGUUGUUUUCU